AUGGAUGAGACCUUCAGCCCAGUGGCGAAGCCUGCUACUGUGAGCACGGGAUUACCCUCCCAUGCAGUCCUGACAGUGAUAACAAACAUUGUGAAUAUCCCCAUUCUUCUGAAUUUGGUCACCUAUCUACAUGGAACAAUGCAUAUGGGGGUGUCAAGCUCUGCAACUACGGUCACAAAUUUUGUUGGUGCUACAUGUGGUUUUGCUUUGAUCGGAGCUUUUCUGUCAGACUCCUACCUCACUCGUUCUACAACUAUACUUCUCUUUGGUCCACUGGAAUUUCUGGGCUAUGGAUUGCUUGCGCUGCAAGCCUACCUUCCAUCGCUCCACCCACCAUCUUGCAAUAUUAAAGAACUAACUAACUGCAAAGAGAUCCAUGGCUGGAACGCUAUCCUAUUGUAUUUAGCCUUGUAUAUCAUUGCUUUUGGUGAAGGUUGUGUACGUGCAUGCUUGCCUUCCCUCGGAGCAGACCAAUUUGACCAUGAUCCCACUGAGUCCCACCAACAGUCCAGCUUCUUCAACUGGUUCACCUUCGGGAUCUCCUUUGGAGGUUUAGUAGGAUUGAUUCUGAUUGUGUGGCUACAGAAUUACAAGGGCUGGGGCAUUGGACUCGGCUUGUGUGCCAUCCUAAUUCUGCUUGGGCUGCUUGUGUUUGCUGCCGGUCUCCCUUUCUACCGCAACCAAGUACCUGGAGGAAGCCCUCUAACUCGAAUACUGCAGGUUCUUGUGGUAGCAUUCAGAAACAGGAGGCUGGAGCUUCCUGAGAAGCUGGAAGAAGCACAGGAAAUUAGCACUGGGUCGGGCACAAUUGAAGUACUCUCCCAAACAAAUAACCUGAAAUUCCUCGACAAAGCCUGCAUUAACCGUGGGAAAGAUGGUGCCUGGUCGCAUUGCAGUGCGGCGAAGCAAGGUGGCUUGACAAACACACGGCUUGGUAAGAUCCACAUCUCCCCGGCGACACUCUUCAUCAUCCCCAUCGCAUUCCAAACGGUGAUGCUCGCCAUCUACGACCGAUUCGUUGUGCCAUUCCUGCGGAAGCGGACCGGCUAUGCCGGUGGCGUCACUCACCUGCAGCGCAUCAACCUAGGCUUCGUCUCCAUGAUACUCGCUUCAGUUAUCGCGGCGGUUGUCGAGAGGAAGAGGAAGGAAGCUGCAGCGGCACAGAUGUCCCUGUUCUGGCUCGCGCCUUAGUUCUUCCUGCUGGGCGUCUCUGACGUCACGUCGUUUCCUGGGCUCCUCGAGUUCUUCAACAGCGAGGCGCCUCGGAGCAUGAAAUCCAUCGCCACAGCACUGUUCUGGUGUGAGAUAGGGCUCGCAUCGCUGCUGGCCACGUUCCUGGUGAAAGCGGUGAACAGGGCCACCAGGCACGGGCACCAUGGAGGGUGGCUCGAGGGUACAAGCUUGGACAGCAGCCGCCUUGACCUGUUCUACUGGGUUGUGGCUGUUGUCGGGUCGCUUGCCUUCUUGAACUACCUGUACUGGGCAAAGAAAUACGUCUACCGGCAGGAUCCACGCAUCGUUGAUGAGCCAGCAGUUGAUCAAGAUUCACCUUAAACUAGUGCAGUCGAGUAGUUUUUUAACUUCAGGAAGUAUAGGUAUAUCUGGUUCAUCAUGGCAUCCAUUACUCAAGUUUGUGAUCUGCUGUUGAUGCAGCGGUGUCUGUUGUAUUCAGCUGACUCAUUGGACUUCAACCUAUUGUACUCCCUCCGUUCCAAAUUAUUACUUGUUUUGUUU